GCAAAGCCGUGAACGUUUUUUUGGUGAAUCCUGUUUUCCUAAAUAGUCUAAAUGGCCGCAACACCGCUACGGAAAUCGCGCCUUCUGCAGACGCCGCAACAAGCGGCCAACGAUGAUGAGGAGGAACGCCGGCAACGACGCUCGGAGGUUUCGCUGGACGAGUCAGUUACGCGGGACAACAGCACCACCGCUGAGGCUAACGAAAACAUCAAAAUGUGUUUAAAGUUGUACUCCGAUAACAAAUUCAGCAAAGAUAAUGCCUGGUCGUUGACGAUUAUCGAUAGCUUUGCGAAACUGAUUUCGCGUCACUCCAAAACGCUGCAGAAUUUCCAGGUGGCUGGUUCAACGCUCGAAGCCUCCACGAAAGUGUACGGCCUGCGUGUGGACUCUGUGCAUACGGAUGUGAUGCGCAUGUGCUCGGAGCUCACGCGCCAAACGGCCCGUGCUAUGAACAACAACGCCGGCGAUGACGAUAAUGCCGACGGUGGUGGUGGCGGUGAUGACGCCGAUGCUUCGAUGGCCGAAGGUGGUAACAAGGAAAACGACGACGGAGCUGGAGCGCAACCGAAAACGAAGAAAAAAAGGGCCCGGAAGAUGGUUAGCACGGUCACAAAAUCGAAGGAUUCGAUCAACGCACCGCUCGAUACGAUUCCGUUUACGGAUCCGUUCUUCGCGAAGCUUAACUCCGUCGUGGGAGACGUAAACAGUUCCAGCCGCUUGAUGCAGAACAUCAUUCCGACGAAAAUGGCCGAUCUGCGGCUACGCAUGAACUAUCCGUUUUGGGAUGCGCAGGAAUCGCUAAACCUGGAUUUGGAUUGUGAGCCGGAAGUGACGAUCGAUGAGGCGGACCUAUGUACGUUGAAUGUUGAACCGAUUGGACCGAAUAAUCGGUUACACGAAUUACGCUGCGGGUACGUGAUAACGGACACACCGGCUGAGGACGACGAGGACGAUGAGGAAGGCACAGGUUUCGCACACAUGAACGAUUCCGAUGCCCGUGCGCACGAAGCAUCGAUUCUGGACCGUUCCGCGCUCGAUUUGCAGUUCGACAUCAAUGCCGAUGUGGAACCGGUACCGUCCGGGGAUGCGUUCAUAAUCGAUUACGACGCGAAAGACAUCGAUGGAAACGAUGAUUUCGCGGAAGAUGAUGAACAGGCGCUCGAGCAGUGUAAGGGGUUGAUGCGCAAGACGAUCCAGAUCGAAGACAUGCGACCGGUGGAUUCGUCCUGUUCGCACCUCGAGUACUCGUACCGCCCGAUCGACCACAUCUCCCAGUUUUGGGCUGGACCGGCACAUUGGAAGUUCAAGCGCAGCACGAUGCUGCGGUCCCGCAACACGAUGGUGGCACCGUUGGGUAGUGAAACCGGAUCAACCAGUGGUUCCAGCGCGAAGGAACGCUCGACCGGCCGUAGGCGGAAACGGUUCGAGCAGGAUUCGUUGGACGAUGUGUUCAGUGUGUCCGAGCAACUGUUCCAACCGUACAACUCGGGCCGACCGUUGAAGGGCAUCAAUAACCUGAAGACCUCGAUCUGCAAAAAGUGGGAAUCGAAGAAGCUCAAGCUGCCAACCGAUUACAAACUGGAUCGUGAUCGGUUCGACAAGUGGCAGUAUGCUCGAGGGUUAACCUUACGAGAAAACCGGAACGUCGCUGUGGAACUAUCUCCUUCUGAAGAGUACAACUGCGAUGCAGGAGACGAUCAUAUGUCGUUCGGUGCUGAUAUGGACGAUGGUCAAGAAAUGGGUGCAAUGGAUGGCGAUGUAGGAUUCCCUUCUGUCGAACAUCCUGACGCUCAACCGGGUGUCGGAAGCGAAGAAUCCCCAAGUCAGCUUCAUAAUCAAACCGUCGACGUUAUCUCCACCGAGUUCAAAGGCGCACCUGAUAAGGUGGCCAAAAUAAACAUCGCGUACGCCAAGACGGCGAAGGUGAUCGAUAUGAAGCAGCUCAAGUACAACUGUUGGCGUCUGAUUAAUUCGUACAUCUCACCGGAAGGACCUGCAGCCACGCAACAAUCACAGCCUUCGGCGGAUGAUCCACAGCUAACGCUUCCUCCGGCGACACAGUCAGCGGAAGAUCAUAAGAUUAGCUUCACCAAACUCUACGAGAAGGUACCCCAACUGUUAAGCAAAUCGAUGAGCGAAAACAUCUCGAAAGCGCUCGCUUUUUACGCCGUGCUGCAUCUGGCAAACGAGAAAUCGUUACGCCUCGAGGGACAAGCAGAUAUGAAAGAUUUCGUAAUAAUGAAAGCGGAAGAAUAGCUUGAGUUGUGUAUACAUACAAUACGCGGCGCAUCGCGGAAACGGCAAUAAUGUAAUCGUGUAUAAACUCUGGCAUAAGUCAAUUCCAUUUUCCAUGCGGUAGAUCAAUCUUCUGCAACAGUAGUUCAGAGUCUGGUAUAAUAUAAGAUGCAUGCAGCGAAA